ACAAACAUAUGUUUCCUAUAAAUAAGGUUGUAACGGCCAUGCAUGAAUGUUUGUUCUCAAUUUUCAUGGUAAGCUAAAAGAGACAUUUGCGUUUGACCAUUCCAAAACCCAUACUGAAUCCAUCCUCCCUCCAUUACAACCCCGCCGUCAGCCUAUCGCAACCCUCCUCUUGUCCUUCCUCCGUUUAUGGCCGACAUUACCAUUUCCCUAAACCCCCCUUAGAAUCAAAAAUCAAGAACUCAGACCUACAAUUAGGAAACAAGCAAAAAAGAAAAGACCUUUCAUGUUUUUUCUUUGUCCCAUUUCUUGUUUUCAUCUCAUUUUUUAAUAUAAGGUUUAACGCAAUUCCCCCUCUUGUCUUUCUUUGUAUACCAUUUUACUCAUAUUCUUCUUCCUUAUGUGGUUUCAUUUUUCCUUGUGGAAAAAAAAAAUCUGAUUUUGGCUAUCUCUGAGGAAAUAAUUAAGAGUCCGCUAUUAGGAUGGCGGACAUAGUGAAACAAAUUCUAGCAAGGCCAAUACAAUUGGCAGACCAGGUAACAAAAGCUGCUGACGAGGUUUGCAAUUUCAAACAAGAUUGUCUUGAAAUCAAAGCCAAAACAGAGCGGCUCGCGGCUCUCCUCCGACAAGCCGCGCGAGCUAGCAGCGACUUAUACGAACGUCCAACGCGACGAAUCAUCGAUGACACGGAACAAGUUUUAGACAAGGCUCUCACCCUCGUAUUCAAAUGUUGUGCCAGAGGAUUGAGUCGUGUUUUUACGAUCAUUCCAACUGCUGCUUUAAAGAAAACGGCUCAACAGCUUGAGAAUUCAAUAGGUGAUGUUCAAUGGCUGCUACGUGUCUCAACACCAGCGGACGAUCGCGACGACGAGUAUCUCGGGCUUCCUCCAAUUGCAGCUAACGAGCCAAUUUUAUGUCUUAUAUGGGAACAAAUUGCUAUUUUGUGUACAGGGUCGUUAGAGGACCGUUCUGAUGCGGCCGCGUCGCUUGUGUCAUUGGCUCGAGACAACGAGCGAUAUGGCAAGUUGAUUAUAGAAGAAGGCGGGGUCGCGCCAUUGUUGAAAUUGGCUAAAGAAGGACGAAUGGAGGGUCAGGAGAACGCGUCGAGGGCUAUUGGCUUACUUGGUAGGGACCCUGAGAGUGUUGAACAGAUUGUGAAUGCUGGUGUUUGUUCUGUUUUUGCUAAAAUUCUCAAAGAUGGGCCUAUGAAAGUUCAGAUAGUGGUGGCUUGGGCUAUUUCAGAAUUGGCUAAAAAUCACCACAAAUGUCAAGAUCAUUUUGCUCAAACUAAUACUAUUAGGUUAUUGGUUAGUCAUCUUGCUUUUGAAACAAUUCAAGAACAUAGUAAGUAUGCUAUUGCUGCAAACAAACAUCAUAUGUCGAUACAAGCAGCUGCAAUGGCACAUUCUAAUUCUUCUAGUGCUAGCAACUUCAGUGAUCACACUGGAGGCAAGGUUGACGAUGAUGAUAAUAGAACUCAGAGUAAAAUUCCUCACCCUAUGGAUAAUCAAACAACUGACCACAUGCAUAAUUUGGUUACAAGUGCAAUGGCCGUGAAAAACCAGACACAAAAUCAGCCCAACAAUCCUAUAGCAAAUCCGAAUCUGAAUCAGCAGCAGCGACAACACGCGAAUCAGCAGAGGCAACACCAUGUUGGAUUGACUGGGACUAGUAUUAAAGGGAGGGAAUAUGAAGAUCCAGCUACAAAGGCUGAAAUGAAGGCGAUGGCUGCGAGAGCACUUAGACAUCUUUGUGCUGAAAAUGUUAGCAUUUGUAGUAGUAUUACAGAAUCCAGAGCUCUAUUAUGCUUUGCAGUUUUGCUUGAGAAAGGCCCUGAUGAAGUACAAUAUCAUUCAGCCUAUGCACUAAUGGAGAUCACAGGAGUUGCUGAGAAAAAUGCAGACUUGAGACGCUCUGCCUUUAAGCCCACGGCACCAGCUGCCAAAGCCGUGGUAGAUCAGUUCUUGAGAAUUAUCAACAAGGAAGACUCCGAAUUACUCAUUCCAAGCAUUCAAUCAAUAGGGCAUUUGGCUAGGACUUUUCGAGCAACGGAGACAAGAAUCAUUAGUCCAUUGGUGGCUCUAUUAGAUGAUAGAGAACCAGAAGUAACUAUUGAGGCUGCAAAUGCACUCAACAAAUUUGCUUGUACAGAAAAUUUCCUAAGAGUCAAUCAUUGCAAGGCAAUAAUUCAGGCAGGAGGCACAAAGCACUUAGUUCCAUUGAUUUAUUUUGGAGAACAAAUGGUUCAAAUUCCUUGUUUGAAACUCUUGAGUUACAUAGCAACACAUGUUCCUGAUAGUGAAGCAUUAGCUGAUGAUAAUGCACAUAUAGUGUUGGAAUGGGCUACAAAACAAGGGCACUUAAUGCAAGAUCCUAUAGUUGAAGAAUUAGUGAACAAAGGCAGAGAAACUAUGGAACUUUAUCAAUCUAGAGGCUCACGGCUGUGAACCUAUCAAGUUGUAUAAUACUUCCACAGUAUGUGAAAAACUAGGUACUUUUUAGUGUUCCUUUUUAAAUUUCUUUUUCAGUAAUCUUGGAUCAUAUACAAGAUUAGCUUCAUGUACCUUGCUCACAUAUAUGUUUAAAUCACCAGCUUUGUCUAUUCGA